GAAACCGUUCGCACACAACUGAUGCUUUGUAGCGUUGCAUUCAUGACGGUGGGUGUGUUCGCUUUGCUGUUCUUUGCUGACAGUUAGUGUUUGGUUUCACAUUAUAUUCGUUCAGUCAACAUGCGUUCCUCCCACAAGGGUGUAUCCGGCGACCACCAUUAUUUUUUUUGCUUAAAUAUAGUGAUAUUAUAGUACCUGUGCAGCAACAAAAUUGAUCGCAUAACAUAUUUGAUUAUUACGCCAAGUGCAUGAACUGGGAUGUCUGCAACGGACUGGUACGCGCACAAAUCCCUCGGAGAAGGUCUGUACUGGAUCCAGGAGAAGUUUUUUGAAUCUUCAAACAGAGCAAAUAUUUGGCUCCUUCGAGGAUCUCACCAAGAUGUAGUGAUAGACACGGGCUUGGGGUUGAGGAGUUUACCAGAUUACAUUAACACCAAAGGUCUGCUUGGAGACGACCCGCAGCGAAAGAACCCCAUUUUGGCGAUCGCCACCCACGCCCACUUCGACCACUCAGGUGGUCUGCAUCAGUUCGAACAGGUGGGAGUCCACAGCGCAGAGGUCGAUGCACUGGCCAACGGAGACAACUUCGAGACCGUCACGUGGCUGUCCGACAGAGAGAUAGUCCAGGCUCCCUGGCCAGGAUGGAGGGCCAGAGAAUACAGAGUCAAGGCUGUACAACCAACACACAUACUACAAGAAGGUGAUGUCAUCAACCUGGGCGACAGGCAGCUGACGGUGCUGCACAUGCCCGGCCACUCCCGGGGAAGCAUCUGCCUGCACGACGGGGACAACAAGAUGCUGUUCAGCGGGGAUGUGGUCUAUGACGGAGCCAUGAUCGACUGGCUGCCCACCAGCCGGGUCAGCGACUACGUCAGUAGCUGUGAGCGCCUGGUGGGGCUGGUGGAUAGUGAGCAGGUGGACCAGGUAAUGCCGGGACACUAUCACACGUUUGGUGCAAAACGGCUCCACCACAUUGCCUCGGGGUACAUCGACAGAGCCGGCACCUGCCCGGCACGCUUCUCCACAUUUGCCUGGAGGACCUUGGCCGGAUUGGCGCUACGGGCGUCCAACACACGUGGCAUCUGCUAGCCACAUGAAGAGGCUGGCACCCCAGGUUGAAUCUUUUGCAGAGUUAGACUGGGGGAUGUGAGGAAGAUAAUUCACCCCCUCAAUUAACAGGAUUUCCUUGUACUGUCUAUUAUAAACUGAUGUGAUCCAAUGUAUGUUAUUUUAAAUGAUUCAUCAAAAUGCCCCCAUUGAAUUACAUCAGGCAAUGAUUGACAGAAUAUUAAGAUUCCCAUUAUUACAGGAUUCAUUAAAGACUGGAAAAUUAAUCUUGUUUAUUAUGUAAUAUUAAGAUAAAUAUUAAGUUGUGUGAUCGUUGGAAUGCUCUUUCCCAUGAGGUAGCCUAGUAGUUAGAGCGUUGGAUUAGUAACUGAAAGGUUGCAAGUUCAAAUCCCCGAGCUGACAAGGUACAAAUCUGUCGUUCUGCCCCUGAACAGUUAACCCACUGUUCCUAGGCCGUCAUUGAAAAUAAGAAAUUGUUCUUAACUGACUUACCUAGUAAAAAAAUCAAAUAUGACAGUGUUUCUUAACCCCAGUACCUCGGGAGUCCCCACAACUACUUAAGCUCUUGAUCAUUAGUUGAAUCAGGUGUGCUAUCCCUGAGCUAAAACAUAUUUAAGAAACCAUAGGGAGGCCCGCUUGGACUGGAGAUGAAUAACAUAGUUCCCUUAGGGGACACAAUGUGACAGCACAACACCUACACAGAGACCAACAGACACAGACAGACAGAGGGCAUGACUCAUCAGUAUCUUUUAUAACCUUGUCCCCCAGGCUAAGAGAGAGGGAGCUGGUGGAGGAGACCUAUAUAUUUUGUAACACUAGUCUUGGGCGGGCCAAGUUUUUUUUCGGGCCGCCUAUGAAUAAAAAAAAAUAACAUUUACGGGGCGGAUUUUUUUUGUCAGUGUUAUCUAAUAUUUAUAUAUUUAUUAAUUCCAUUAUUUUACUUUUAGAUCUGUGUGUAUUGUUGUGAAUUGUUUUUAGAUACUACUGCACUGUUAGAGCUAGGAACACAAGGAUUUCCGCUACACCCGCAAUAACAUCUGCUAAAUAUGUGUAUGUGACCAAUAAAACUUGAUUGACUAAAAACAGAUAUAAAGUAUGUAGAAAAGAUAAAUGGGCCUAUAUAUUUAUAACUAGGAUUAUCUUUGAGAACUAACAAUCACUGAAAUAAAAGCUAGACAGUCAGGGAGAAUAAUUUAAAAAACAUUUUUUUAUGGAUUUUGUUUGAGUCACUCAAACUUUUAGAUUUGUGUGUCAUUGCAAAAUGUGUAGAAUUGUAGGACAUUUUCCUUAAAGAAAAAAAAGUCAGCCUCAUUGAAAAAUGUGUGGAAUUGCAGGAACUUUGCUUUAGAGCAGCUACAUGUAGUCACUGGGGCCAACAGGAGGGACUCUAAGUAUUUGUUAGUUCUCAAAGAGAAUAAAGUUCCUGCAAUUCUCCACAUUUUGCAAUGAGGCUGACUUUUUUCUUUUAAGAAAAUGUCCUACAAUUCUACACAUUUUGCCAUGGUUUAUGCUGUCUGAGUGACUCAAACAACAUCCAUUAAUUUAAAAAAAAUAAUUCUCCCUGACUGUCUAGCUUUUAUUUCAGUGAUUAAGUCAACAGCUGCACCAUUGGCCAUGCCCCCCACCUAAACCCCAUUUUAAUCCAGAAAAAGCCCCGCACUGUAUAAUCCAUCACACUCGCCAUAGAAUAAAAGUGUUAGCACAUUCUUGAAAUGAGACAAUCCAGUUACUGUGUGGUUUUUACUUUCAACACUGUGAAAAUGGCAUUUAACAACAAGCACAAAUUCCUAUUGAAAGAUUCAUGUGACAGUUUGGCUGCUUCCCAAUUCUUUACCCUUUUCCCAAAGUGUGCACUUUUACACUCCACAUCAUAGAUUUAACAAUGGUGGAAACUCUGUCUAGCAAAGGAUUUUACCAAUUCACAAUUAUUUUAAAUCCAUGACUGUUAAUGUGUGGAAGUGCACACUGGGAGACGGGUGGAGAAUCGCGACGCAGCCUUGGAUUCCGUGUGCAGAGAAUGAUCGUGAUAACUAGGUCAAUGGCUCUUGGAGUACAUUCAGACUUCAACUUUAAAUGGAUGAAAUAUUAAUUCCGUCUCUAAACUAUAUAUAAAACUAUAUAUAAACAAAAUACUUUGGCAUGCACUCGUUUUAUUAUUUAUUUUGAAUAAAGUGUGUGGACAUGCUCUGUAAAUUGAAUGGGUCUAUGUUGACAUAGGUUUUUGGUCAACUGACACAGAGUUAGUCAACAUUGACAAAAAGCACAUGGUGGUUGAUCGAGAGUGAUGUUUGAUCUAGGGUUAGUGGAUGGCUUUAAUCCUCAUGUCAUACUGAGGUGACAUUUCUACUGGGAUUAUAUGAUGUAUAUAAUUUCCACUAAAAGGAGAGAUAUGACAGAAUAAAUAAUCCAAGGCUGUUUCUGAAUGGAUACACCAUUUAUUAUUGUUAUGUUUAAUACAGUAUUUAAAACAUGA